AUGCUAUUAUUCAUACUAUUAAUUUAUUUGUCGUGUUCUUUUCAAAAAUGUGUGCUUGGUGAACGGUCAAAGUUUUCAUACGACCUCAUCGAUAAGAAAGCUGCUUUAGCAGACUCAACAGGAACUGAUUUGUCUGGAUUUAGAGAUGAUAUUCUCCCACUGUUAGAAUUGGUUACAAGUGCCACAGAAAUAUUUGUUAAUGAUCCCAAGGGACUUUUGUACGAUGCUAAUGCGGGGGAUCCAAAAUCUCAAUUUUUAGUGGGAAUGCUGUAUACAAUGGGUCCUGAUGACCAUCUAGUCAUUCAGCUACCUCAGGAUGAAGCAUUGUCAAGGUUAUACUUAGAGUUGUCGGCCAAACAAAACUAUACCUAUGCAUUGCUUGCUCUUGGAUAUCGGUAUACCACAGGAAUUGGUACUCCCAAACAAGUAGAUAAAGGAUUAAGUUACUACCGACAAGUUUCUGAGCAGGUAACCUCUUUAGUCCAGCCCCUAACACAUUUUGCUCGAAAUAUGGCAAAAGAUUACCCCGUUGAUGUUUACGAUCUUAAUGGACGACAAUCUUCGGACUCUAACAUCUUACAUAUAAGAGAUGACAUGCUAGAGUUUUUGAAAGAUUUUGCGGUGAAUGGAAAUAACAUUACGGCCCAUCUAAAUUUAGCUGCUGUGUACCACCGCGGUCAAUUAGGCAAAGCAAGGAAUCCUGCUUUGGCAAUGAAGCACUAUCUGUCUGCCCUUCGUCUUGCUUAUCCGGGAAUUUCUGAAGUCUCUGAAAAAGCGAUAUCACAGAUAUAUGAAACGAACAAGAAUGGCUUCCCUAAACCUACUAUGAAGAAUGUGGGCAGCAUCGCUAGUACUGCAUUUAAUAUCGGAUGUAUGGAAUUACAUGGCGAUAUUGGAAAACGUAACCCAACCGCUGCCUUUAAUUGGUUUGAGUUCGGAAAAUCUUUAAACCAUACUUCUUCUCGAUCAGCGCUUGCAUACCUGUAUUAUAUGAACUAUCAAGUCCCGAUAGAUGAAACACAAGCAAAGCAGCUGCUAAAUGAAGCUUUAUCUCAAAAUGAUCCUAUUGCCUGCACAAUUAAAGGAAAACUUGCUAUAUCUGAAAACAAAACCGAGGAAGCACUUAGCUAUUUUCAAAUUGCAUUUGAAGGAUCCCAUUUAGAAGCAGCUUUAUAUCUUGCUUACAUUUACUCGGAUAUUAACCAAGAAAAAGCGAUCUUACUUCACGAACAUUUUAUUAGUCGAACUUUGCAGAUGUACUUUGAUUUUCGGGCUUUGUCUAUGGAUACAAAAGUGAAAUAUUUUUUUACACGGCUUUCUGCUGAGCUGGGAAACCUAAUGUCACAAGUAUUGGCAGGAAAAAAUGCUGAUCCUUCCAAAUCAUUUCUGAAAAAUGCUAUUGUUCCGUAUACCAAUACUACUUAUCGUGAGGCGCAAAUAGCACUAACCUAUUAUUCUCGAGCUGCCGUGAGGCAUCACCUUGAUUCAAUGAUAAAGGUUGCGGACUUUAAUCAAUUUGGACUAGGGACACCUAAAAAUCCUGGUUUGGCUUUUGCUUUAUAUACUCAGGCUGGUACAAUCGGUCAUUCUUCGUUAGCCUAUUGGCGCCUGGGCGAGAUGCAUGAAUACGGAAAUGGCGUCCCAGUAGAUUUUGAAAUGGCCAAAAAGAAUUACGACAUUUCAUUGGAACUGAAUUAUAGAGGUCUACUUGCUAUUCUUCUAGCUAGAUUACGAAUGAAGUUAAGCCAUCCUGAUACUAAGUUUUCCGUGAUAUAUUAUGCUACACGGUCGAUCGUCGUGGGUGUCUUAAAGAGUAGUCAAAAGCUUAUUUUGUUUUUCAAUUCAAUUUUUUCACGAAAGGAAAGGAAUAGUGAUUUACUAGAUACCUCAUUUCUUCAGAGCGUCCCCUCGAAAUCAGACGGCUCAGAACCUAUGAAUCCGGAAAUCCCAUCAGCGACACCUUCGAGUGGGAUUGCCUCGGAAAGUAUAGCGGUUGAUAUGGACUCUUUGGAUAGAAAAUUUGUUGAGACUUUGUCUGUAACAUUGCUCGUGGUUAUCGUUGGUUAUGUUUUAAUGAAACGACAUCAGCAAUCGAGGAGGAGUCAAGUGCACUUUGGUAACCAAAUUCAAAGUGAGCAUGUUAAUCAGUCUUCUUCGGAUGAUGCUGUCAAUGGUUGA